AUGAUCAAAUUCACAAUCCCCAAGUGCGCUACAGGCCUGCGCGAAAUCGAUCCUUCACUAUUAGAUCUCCGCCCCGAAUCUGAAAUCAUCGCUCAGCUCCAAGCAUAUCAACCCAUCACCUCGGAGAAGAAUGUCUGGGCAGUAUGGGACAAAGGCUUCUACGCCAUGUACCCCAGCCAUCAACAGACAGUGAUCAACUGGGUCAGACGCCUCGGUCCUUCUUGGACCGUCCGUCUGGUAGACUUCGUCGAAGGCUCGCCUAACAACAUUUUCAAGUAUGUUGGCAAAGAGUGGUUUCCAGAAACCUUUGUCAAUAAAACCAUGGAUGGAAAACAUGCACCUCAACAUGCAGCGGACCUUGCUCGCUUGCCUCUUAUUUACGAACAUGGAGGAGUUUGGAUGGACGUUAGCAAUAUGCUGCAUAUCCAUCUUGACACGCUGUUCUGGGAUCACAUUUCAUCACCCGAUACGCCUUAUGAAAUGGCCGCCUGGAUUAUCACAGGGCAAAUUAGAGCCAAAUGGGGUGACUUUGGCAAUUUCAUGCUCGCUGCUCGCAAGAACUGCGAGUUUAUCAAGAACUGGCACAAAGGGUACAAAGAGCUCUGGAAGGGCCGAACCAAUGUCGAUGGAUUUCACAAGCAUCCUCUCAUCGCUGAGAUCGGUCUCGCUGAAGGCCUUGCAAAUCCUGAGGAUGAGAAUCAGAUCUACUUCAUGACAGACUAUGUCUCUCAGAUGGUCAUUGGUGACCGCACCCGCAACCUUGUCGAUUACACCACCGGCUUCGACGGUCGUGAAUUCUGGGAGAAGAAGGUCUUCAUGGUAGAGGGCAUCGAAAACGGUAUUCUCGGUGCUCUCAAGACCAACCUCGAUGGUCAAAAGCAAGCCGACUAUUUCCUCACCCGCCUUGAUGAGCCCGAUCUCGACAAGAGAAGUGAAGCCGAAGCGUUUAUGGUGGAGAUGCUCGAGAAGAGUCACAUGUACAAGAUGUAUCACAACUCAAUGGGUGAUCGUCCAGCUUUAGGCGAUCUUGUCAAAAAGAAGGAGAAUCACGAUAUCACACAUCGUCCUGGGACUUUUGGCGAGUUGUAUCGAUACGGAACUGUGCAUUGGGAACCAACCAGAGAGGUUGUGAGAUUGGUGCCACAGAGAAAUGGAGACGAAAUUAUCAAGGGUACUCCUACGAAAACUGCUGCUCAAUUCAGCAUUAGUAUACUAGAGAGGCAAAGACUCCACGACAUGGACGGAUUAUAUACGGCUUAUUAG